UCCGCCCGUAACGCCAUUCCAUUUGUUUUCCGCUUUAAGGUGGCGUUCAAGGCGUGUCGGUGUUCGUAUUAAAAGAGAGUUCAGGUAUGGUGGUGCAAUAAUCUUCACCGGCCAGACCAGCAGAACAACUACGACGGCUGUCGCCAAGGGGCACCGGUGUUCCGCGGUGCGGUGGCAUCGCGUGCUGCGUGUGCGCCGGGAUACGUUGCCCGAAAACGCGCACGCUGGCGUCAGCUGUAGGAGUGAACUCGUGGAGUUGGCGGGUGCGAGGAAGCUGCAGCAGCGCUAGCCGACUGGAAGCAGCAUGGACUCCUUCGCGAUACCGUUCCCCACAGGAAGGACGGUGGCUGAAUUGCCUGGUGGAAGUAAUGGAGAUGACGACCCGUACGGAGAUCACGAAGCUACGUCGAGGGAACCGCUACAGCUGACAGUACGGUCGACCAUGGACAAGGUGACCCACGUGGAGGCCUUCGCCAGCGACAGCAUCCUAGAUCUGAAGCUGCUUCUCCAGGAUAUACUGCUGGUACCAGUCGACCAGCAGCUGCUAGUCUAUCGGUACCAAGCGCUGGCUGACAGCGACACGCUCGAAGAGUGCGGUCUCAGAGACGGCUGCCAACUUAACCUCAUCCUACGCAUGCGCGGAGGCGAUCCCACACCCGUAGUUCUGGAUGAGGCGGAGCCCAUGAAGCUGUCCGUCUGGAUUCGACGAGGCAAAUGCGUGGUGGUGGACAGCCGCCUCGGGGCGACCAUCGGCAGCGUCAAGCAGGGCAUCGAGAAACUUACCGGACUGCGGGCGGCCCACCAGACGCUCACGUUUCGCGGCGAAGACAUGAGCGACGAGCACACGCUGGCGCACUACGAACUGCGGGAUCGAUGCGCCGUGUUCCUUGCCGCGAACAGCGGCGAAAACAGUGCCGCACCGGCGACAGCGGGGAGGGACCAGCCUCGGUCGGCUGAGACCGUGGCAGGGAUUUCUGUGCGAUUGUGGAACCUAUUCUUUUGAGGAUAGGCUUGUUUUCCGCUCUACGAAGGGUGCCUGCAUGGGCGAGAAGGAGCGCAAUGAGGCACCGCAGCCCAAGGCGUUUCAUAGUGUCGCUAUAGGACCAUGCGUCCUGCAUACGAAGCUACAAGAUGACGAUAAUGAUUUAUUGGCACUCCCUUUGAAGGGGGAUGGUGGCAAAUAUUCACGUAGCCUGCUUGAGCUAAUCAGGUAUGUUAUACAUGCUUUCCAGUCUGGAAUUUUGCCUACAUCUCCUUAACCUUUGUACUAUUCUUUAAAAUUUAUGUAUCUACCUUGUGCUGCUGCCUAUGCCUGUAACGAAUCCGGUCCAAUCAAUCUCUUCGCUGUUUUUUUUUUUCACCAAUGCUCUGAACUUCUCUUGCUUACCUAGACUGCUGAACGAUUACUGCGUCUAUCCACUUUAAAUCCCGACGCUUCUGGAAAGUGUACGCUGCCUGUGGGUCUCACUAGGUGAAUGCCUCGCAUUGCAUUAGGAUGUACUGAGUUGUCCCCGAAUUUUUGCUGCAGCAAACGCAUGCAUCAUCUUGUUGCGAAAAUUUGUUCCAACAUGUCAUUGUCCUUAGGCAACCGCCUCAAACCUCAAAUAAAAAGGCACUGCCCUUUG